AUGGAAAGACGGAUGAUGUCCUGUGAGGACAGCGAUUGGCUCUUGUCUCAGACCUUCCCCGAGGUGAUUGGUCGAGUGAUGAACACUCUGCUCGUGACCUCUACACAUCAGAGUACCGUGGAGCCUCUCAUCCAGGCAAACUUCUUGAAAGGUUCUCCUCAUAGAAAGCAUCCGGGUGUGACGAACCUCAAAACAGUGCGUCUGCCCGAACCGCUGCAGGAUGCGGCGCUCUCCGUCUUACAAAGGGCAGAGGUUAAAGGUCUGACUGAAAGGGCACAAAAACUGGCAAACUUCCUUUGGAGCAGGAAGCGGGCAGCAGAACCCUCACAACUCCGGGAGAAAGCCCGUCUUCUUGAGAGGAAAUAUCUGGAUGAAGAGAGGGAUAGCCAUAAAGAUGUUGGUGACCGUCAACUAGAGGCUCGAAUUAAAAAGAAAGUGUUAUCAGAACUGAGACAAACAACAUACCACAGGACUGUCCUCAGAUAUGAUAAACAUCUUGGCUUGCUGUACGCGGCUGCUAGACUCGCAGGUGGUUAUGCUGCUGUCCUCCGAGCACUGAAUGAGAUAAAGACGAGAGAUAAUUUAUUUGUACCAUAUUCUCUAUUGGACUUUGGAUCAGGACUUGGUUCAGGGGCUUGGGCGUCACACUCACUCUGGGGAGACCGUUUGAAGGAGUAUGUUUGCGUGGACAGCUCUGGUGACAUGAACACAUUAGCAGAACAGUUAAUAGGAGGUGGUGAGAAAAUGGACAAUCCAGUGAUCAAACAAGUACAUUUCCGUCAGUUCCUCCCUGUUUCUCCAAAGGUUCAGUUUGAUCUUGUGUUAGCUGCUUUCUCUCUGUCAGAACUAUCAACUCUGAACGAGCGACUGAAUGUUAUUCACACUCUUUGGAGAAAAACCAACGCCUACCUUGUACUUGUGGAGAAUGGAACCAAAGAUGGUCAUCAAAUUCUUAUGGAGGCCAGAAAUGCUAUACUGAAGGGAGAAGAGGAGGUUAUACAUGACAUGAGGAGACCAGCUGUGUUUGCCCCUUGCACUCAUGAGCUGACUUGCCCCAAGUUGAUCAAGCAACCUGUAGUUCCCUGUAACUUCAUCCAGUUCUACGAUUCUCUGCCUUUAUCCAGGAGCCAAGAAAGACAGCAGGAGAAGUUCAGUUACCUCAUCAUAUCCAGAUCAAAUGAAGAGAAGACUCUGCAGAAUGAGGGUUUUGAUAUGAGCAGACUCACGGCACAAGUCCGUCGUAGACCCAGACAUGUUCAGUGUCAGCUCUGUUGCUCUGAUGGAGAACUCAAACAAGUGGCUGUAACAGCUCGUCAUCAUGGAAAAGACAUGUACAGCUGCGCCCGAAACAGUGCCUGGGGAGAUCUGUUGCCAAUGUUUCAUGAGGAUGACGACACUAUAAUGAAUGAGAAUCCAUGAAGUUCAUCUACUAAUGCUGUAUUAUUAUCAUUUCUAUUUUCCAGUCAAAGCAAUUUAAUCUUUGUGAUAUUUGUUUGCAAAUAAACACAUUUAUUAUUGAAGUAAUUUUUUUCUCUAUACGGCACGGUAUUUUCUUACAAAAUGAAUAUUUUAUUGCUAGGAAUGGAAAACAUAGCUGUUUAUGAAAAUGUAUCAACAUUGAACAAUCAAAUCUACCCUGGUUACAAUCCUAUCUUUUGUAUUUCAAAAUAAAGACCUUAUAAAGCCGCACACAAUAAUGCAUCAGAUCUUACUGAAUCUUUUAAGAUGCUUUUUUACACAAUGUAACUAUUAAUAUAAAAAAAGGCAGGUUUUUGUUUAGCAUCUAGUGUGACUGUGAUCACAUUACUGUGCUCGCUCAUCUGGUCAGAUGAAGUCCUGAGAGGACGAAUGCUAAACACAUGAACAUAACUUCUACACUGAGCCUAAUACUCACAGGGUGUGUGCUUUUAAAUUUUCAAAAUCUUGUGUUCUGUGUCCCGUGACUUUUAAGCUAAGAUUCUGAUUUACUGUUCCGUUUCCAGUGUCCUGGGGACUUUUAAUUUAUGUCUGUUUUAUUCUACUGUUUUAGUUUUUAGUCCUUUGUAGUUUCUUUGUUCAUUGGUUCCCCAUUGAUAAGUCAAAC